AAUAUAUAUAGGCCUAUUUGAGGUGCAUUGUGUUACGGCCAGAAGAUGUAAAUGUAUGUGUGCACAAUGAUUUUGUGAACCCAUCAUCGUAAUGCAUAAAAUAUAACGGACAUUUGCGUAUUAUUUGGAUCUUUUAAUGAAGUUAGUUAUGUUGAAUUACACGUAGAGUACAGUUGAACAUAACCUGUCAUAAAAUUAUAGACAUCGUUAUAUGAGGGAUUCACCGCUAGAGGCCGCCAGUGUCCACAUUAUGAACACCUCGGGAGUCUCCAUGGGAACAUCACCUGUUAAAACAAUGGCUCAGAAGUCGGUUAUUAGAGCAAUUCGAGGAAAUGGAAAGUCUUUUGAUUUAUCUGGUAAAGCGAUCACCAGCGUGCCAACAUCGAUUUCGGAAAUUCAAAAUCUGUGUGUCCUACGUCUACAGAAUAACUUGAUUAGAGCCCUGCCCGAAGAGCUGACGUCCCUAUAUAAUGUGAGUUAUAACGUUAAUACUUCAAAUAGACACUGGAAAACGGUUAUAUUUCUGAACUUAAAUACAAUGUAUCCCUCAUUACAUAUUGUCUUCAAGCUGACUGAACUCCAUUUGAGUAACAAUGCCUUCGGAGAGAUCCCGUCGGUUUUGGGCCACAUUAAGUGGUUGAAGAAGCUGUAUAUGUCUGGUAACCGAAUCACGGCCCUGUCACCACUAGUCUGUGCUGGUUUGGGAAAUCUUGUUGUCCUCAAUCUGAACCACAACAAGAUUCAACAUCUUCCGCCUGAGAUUAAAAGUUUGGCUAAACUUGAGCGUCUCACCAUGACUGACAACAAACUGGAAGCUCUUCCUCCAGAGUUUGGACAGCUCUCUAACCUGAUCCAACUGAACCUGAGCAGAAACCACUUGUCAUGGCUCCCUGGGGAGCUGUACAGCUGCAGAGAGCUCACUAGGUUGUAUGUGGCCAGAAACCAAAUAACGGUUCUUCCAGAGGGUAUCAGGGCAUUAGCAAAACUGAAGACUCUAGACGUUGCUGGAAAUAAACUGUCCAUGUUCCCUGUUGAGUUUCAUAUGCUGCCUCUGCAAGAACUUUAUUGUGAAGGGAACCAAUUUGUCCAGCAACUACCAAUAACUUCUGUGCAGAUUAAAACCGUUUUUUCAUUAAAGGAGCUGGCCGCUAGAUUGGUGCUGUUGGAGGACAGAAACAAGCAUUCAAAGGUCCAUAGGGCCCUUCCUCUCUACCCCUGCCUGGAGGCUAUAUUAGCUGGCUGGGGCCACUGCCCUCUCUGCCUGGGCCCCAUCCUCAACUUCUGGUUAGAGUGUGUGCACUUUCUCCGUGUAAAAAAGGGCAUGAAAAUGAGUGUGCGGACCGUUCCGGUGAGAGCUGUACUAUGUUCCUACGAGUGCUUCAACAGGGAAGGCCACUCCUUCUAUGGCGUCUCUUUGCAUAGUGAUGGGCUCAAUUAAAAGGUAAUGAGCGUCAAGGUUAGUUUGUAUAGUCCCAUCAUUUCUAGUAUAUCCUCGUAAAUUAGUUUAUUUGCAAAGACUUGAUACACUUGGUGAGGAAUGUGACUAAAUUAUGUUAUGACAUUAUUAUUAAUUCACAAAAAUGUAUGCAUUAUUAACAAUUACCAAUUGAAAUACUGAGACUAAGGAACAUUGUUUUAUGAUUUCAGAACUUAUGCCAUCCUAUGCAAAGAUGGUCACUAGAGGGCAGUAGAUAACCACCACAGCACGUCUGAAAACAACAUAGAAUGUAUAUGAGCAAUAAUACAGCAUGUACAACACAAAUUGAUCACCUAAUAUCAGUUUUUAGUUUUGUAUAAUUGCCUUUUUAUUUGGGCAAUGACUAUUUUUGUAAAAAUAAAUCAAUAAUUAAAAAUGAAAACUAUUAAUUUAUAUUUGGUUGUGAUUUGUUGUAGAAAAGUUAAAUUGGGGCUUAGUAGCACCCAACAAUGAAUAGCUACUAUUUUAUUUUCAUUAUAAUGGCCUGGUUGGACCUAUUGCAAAAAGUGACCUAUUGCAAAAAAAAGGGCUGAAUUAAAACAAAUAGUUUUCAUCAUGGUCCUAGAAUAGUCAAACCAUUCAUCAAAACGAAAUAUAAUGUAUUGGUCCUAAUGUGUGUGCGUCUGAAGGGACCCCUGUACUGAUCUACCUCCACAGAGGUCCCAGAGAUUCAAAAGCCCUCUAUCCAGAGAUAGGAGCAUCUGUUCAACCUGCCAAUGAGAGAGAGAGACAUAGCAAGAGGAAGAAGGAGAGAGAGAGGAACGGGGCGAGACAGAGAGAGAGAGAGACAUAGGGAGAGGGAGAUGGAGAAAGAGAGGGAGAGAAAAGUGAAAGAGAGAGAGAGAGGGAGGGUGUGUGUCUGUGUGCGUGGAUGGGUGAGGUGGAAGGGAGGAAUGAAGAACGGGAGGGAGAGGCGGUGAGGGAGGGUGAGAGAGUGAGGAAGGGAGGCAGAGGGAGGAAACAAGGAAGAGAGGGAGAGAACUUCAUUUCAGCAAAUUAAUUUCCUAUCCACGCCUCUAGAGCUUGCGAAGCUUCGUUCCGUAGCCGUGGCCAUGGCCGCCGCAGAGCGCCGGAGCCUCAUGCAUUAUGCAUCAGGUUUAAUUGCAAACCCAGAAACUAAUGACUUUGGACUGGUUAACAGCAGGGGAUCCAUACAUCUCAGGCAAACUGAAUGAAAAGUCUGCUUGGAGGAGAGAGGGAGUGAGAGAGAGAGAGAAGGGGAGGGAGAAAGGGAUUGAAAAGAGAGACCGGGCCCUAAUUGAUGAAUAAUUGAAGCGGCAAGCUACAGGGCAUAAUUGUGACAUUUUGUUUCAAUCAAUUUCCAAGUGAUGUGGGCGAAAGAGCACUUAGAGCGAGCGGUGGUGACAAUGAGCGAGACGGAGAGGAGGAGAGACAGAGCUUAGGCCUUGAUGGACAUGGUCAUCAGGUCCUCAGUCACAGUAAAGACACGUUCUGGGGGGGGGGGGGGGCUGGGGAGACAUCGAACCAGGUACAAAGAAAGGCACUCUGUUCCUUCCUCUCUCCUAUCCUUACUCGGGUUUCCAUAUUUCUUUAGAUGAUGUAGAUUAAACUCCCUGUAGCGAACUUGUUCAUUCCGUGCUUAAGUCUGGCAUUCAUCCAUUUGUUAUUUGUAUAUUUUUUAUAUAUUUUUUUUUAUAAAGAUGUCCAACAUAAUAUGUUUUAAACUACCAAAAGAUAUGCGAUUUGGCUGGACUUCAGUUGUCUGUAGAACUGAAUAAUGGCUGCAAGGGCAAGGUGAGACCCAGAGCAGACAGACAGUGGCGGUUGAGACAUGGUUAUCAUUAAGAGAAUGAGGGAUAUUUAAUGCUUGUGGUAAAUACGUUAAGUGUAUGGAUGCACAUCUGUAUACUGUAACUGUCCAAUACACUAAUUCAUUUGACAUGUUUAAUCCCCUUGAUCACCGAAAAGGUAUCUUCAUUAUUUAAUUUUGAGAUGUGUUCAGGUCUUUCAAAUCCAACUUGACAAGGUCACACAUCAUCUAAGCAUUAGCGGUAUGCUGCGUAUGAAAAAGUGUAUAAUGUAUACUAGUAUAUACUAUUAAGACAUUUAGAUUUCUUUAAAUGGACUUACAGUUGAUUAUUUCCUCAAAAGUCUUGAUUUUAUUACAUAGUUUAAUCAAUAUGAUUAAUUGAUUGUUAACUGAUGAUGAUAACUUCGCCUUUCACCUCCAUGCCCAUUUAGAAAUCUAAUACAUCUUUUAUGAUAAUUUUCAUUAGUAUACGCUACUUGUGGCCCUCCUAUGAUGGCGCAAUUUGAUUGUGUUUGCUAUCUCGGGAUAUUGGGCAAUAUCCCAUGAUUGAGAUCUUAAACUCGGGAUAUUGGGCAAUAUCCCAUGAUUGAGAUCUCAAACUCUAGAUAUUGUUUUCAUCUCAAAAUAUAUAAUAAUAAAUCGCUUAUAAAAACAAAUAAAUCCCGGCAGAAAGUGUUAUCUUGUUUAUUUUUGGAGUGCUCACGUGUUAUAUAUUCAAAAACAAUUAUUCACCACAGCCUCCGUGAAUAGUGGGGAAUAGCACCCUCGACCUUCUGUCUCGGGGGCUGGUCCCCGAUAUUCACUAAUUAUGAUCAUUUGUUCAGAACUCAUCUGCUUCCGUUUUUGAAAUAAUGCAUUUUAUCACAGAUUGAUGACUGCUUCCUGUCUGUCUGUGGCAAUAUGACAAAAAAUGACCUAAGCUGGAACUAUGGCAGCAAGGCAAGUUGUUUCUAUUUAUUCAAACUAUUCAUACAUCAAUGUUUCUGAACAGAGAAACAUUCUACGUACA